AUGAGUGGGGAGGUAAACCCGAAAAUCACCUGGGCCGGCCAGACAUCGCAGACAAACAACAACGAUACAACCCAAGCAGGCAGUGCAAGUUCGGCGAACCCCGAGCCGCUUCUGAGACCUCAACCAACGCAGAAGCCUCCCAGUGGCUGGAUUUCAGAGCAUGUUAGCUCGUAUAACUUGAGAUGGCAUAAAGUGCAAGAAUGGCUGGUGAGGCGUUUCGAGAACGAAAUCAACGUCAGCGCCACCGGUGGAGGCUUCAGUGAAAAACAGCAUCUCAACGACGUUUACUUUUUCCACGUGCCGCAUCCCCUCACAGAGGACGACAGAAGAGCAAUCGAUGAUCUCAGAGACAGGGAUCCAAACGAUGUGCUGAGGCAGGCGCGGCGCGAGAGAUACACUCCGGAUCCCUAA